AUGACAACUAUGGAUUCCGCAUCGGGGCUUGGCAUCCCAGAUGCACCGGCAGCGCCCAGAUCGUCUGAAGCGCCGGCUCCGACGACGGCACGUGCGCUUAUCGUCGACACGUCUCCGGACACAUUGGCCGACGAUGCCAGCAUAUACGGCGUGGAAGAUGAUGCCCAGUCGUUUAUGCAACCAACAAUGAGCCCAAUAGCCACGCGGCUGUCCCUGCCGCGGACACCGGCCGCCGAAAAAGCCAUGGCCAUGGAUGAUAUUGUUAAUGCCAAUAUCGGUGCAGGCUUCUGCGACCCACACAAGCCGGCCGUGUCCUCACGACUCCAUAGCGCAACCAUAUCGACUCCACCCUCGGCCCCGGCUCCGGCGGCACCGCCUCUUGCACCGGCCCAUGAAUCCAAGCCGAGCGCCAUGUUGUCUGUUUUCCAGUCCGGCACACGCCAUGGCCGGGUCCCGCGGACACCUAAGACGUCCGACCCAGACCCGUACUCUCGCCUUCGAAGCUCGCAUAUGGCCACAGUUGCCACGUCCCAGACCAAUUCGCCUGCUGGUGACUUAUCGGAUACAACUUCUGGGCGGCUGCCGCUGAACCGGCCGCCGUCUGUUGCCUCGAAGCGCUCCUAUGUCCUGCGCCGGUCGACGUCCGACGACUCUCUCUUGUACCACACCCUCUCACGAGUACCUUCGCAUGGCGACGAGGCACAAUUUGUACAUAUUCGCGAACAAGUCAACUCUCGCAUGAAGGCCAUCAUGGACAGUUUUGACAGGCCGACGUUUAAAAUGCCCCAGCUGCCCAGCUUCUUCCCCGACGCCAAGCACACCACAGCCCUUGUGCCACGCGAGCCGGCAUCGCCUCUAGACGCCGCCCUCGAGGAUCUCACCGGCGACAUUGUUGUUCUUGGCGGCUACCGUGGCUCCAUUCUUCGUUCUGCAGAGCCGCCACACCGUCAACUAUGGGUGCCUGUCAAGGUCGGUCUCAAUAUCCGCAAAGUUAACAUGGAAGUCGGCCUGGACCCGGAGGACGAGGAGAACAUGCCGCAAACCAUUUUCCCGUCGGGUAUGCUCAAACACAUUGGUCCCGUCGACAUCUCACGCCGCCUGUUCAAGAAGCUGCGUGAGAGCGAAAACGCACGCAAGGGUACUCUGCGGGUCCACGACUACGGCUACGACUGGCGGCUAAGCCCGCACCGUCUUUCUAAACAGCUUAUUGCCUUCCUGGAGUCGCUUCCCUGCAACCAGCCCGGCGCCAAACCGGGUAGUCGUGGGGCCGUCAUUAUCGCCCACAGCUUGGGCGGCCUUAUUACGCGCCACGCCAUCAACCAGCGGCCUGAUCUGUUUGGAGGCGUUAUCUUUGCUGGCACGCCGCAGCGCUGCAUCAACAUCCUCGGUCCGCUACGCAACGGCGACGCUGUGCUGCUAAACGAAAAGGUCCUCACGGCUCAGGUCAACUUCUCGCUGCGCACGACCUUUGUCUUUUUGCCCGAAGACGGGUUUUGCUUUGUCAACAGCAACGACCCGUCCGAGGAAUACCGCGUCAACUUUUACGACAUCAAAGAGUGGAUGCGCUACCGCUGGUCACCCUGCGUUGCUCCAGCCGCACUGCCAGCCUUCCAGUCUCUCAUGGGGAGUGGCAGCGGCAUAGGCCUCAACCUUGGCUUGGAUGGCAGUGGCCACGACUCCAGCCUGAGCAACAAGCGCAGCAGCACCAACUUUGGACGUGCCUUGACCGCUGCAGCAGCAGCAACAGCAAGCUUGGCCAAAGAUCGCCUCAACACGCCCCAGAUGGACGCGGAGGGUGUCGUUGCCGACGAUAACGCGGCAGAAUCGUCGCACAUGGUACCGCUUCCCGGACUGGCAACCACCUCGGCUGCUUCUGCAACCAACGAAGCUCUCGAUGUCGCCUUUACCACAGCCUCCUCGCCGCCCCCAACGCCGCCUGCCGAUCCCCAGCAGGCCCGUGCCGUCGCCUACCUGAUCCGCACACUGGCCGAGACCAAGCAGUUCCGUGCCGAGAUGGCCCACCGUCCCGAACACACGGCCGCCAACGUCUACCCACCCAUGGCCGUGAUCUAUGGUAAGGGCACACCCACGGUCUACGCGGCGCGCGUCGGCAGCCGUGCCGCAAUUGCCUGCGCCGACGCAUACGACGACCUUGUGUUCCGGACCGGCGACGGCGUCGUCCUGGCACGCGAAGCCCAGUUGCCGCCCGGGUACCACUACGUGCGCGACGGCUACAUCAGCACCGACCGCGGCCACGUGGGCAUGCUGGGCGACCUCAAUGCCGUAGGCAAGGCACUUGCGGCCGUUGUACGGGGCCGCCAAAAGGGCAUCGGCCACGGUCUUGAGCGGACUCACUCGCGAGUGACCGACCAGGUGCCCGAUCUGCCGUCAGGUCAUGUGCACCAGAACCUGCAAAAACCGGCUCCCUUACCCGCAAUAACAUCCACUGCAGCCACGGCUGUGUGCACGGCAUCUCUUUCUCAGCCUGUCAGCACAAGUAUUGAGGCGACAUCCUAG